GUCAUUACACACUCAGAUGCUACCCACUGGACAGUCUUCUCAUCCGAACUACAUUUCCCAAUAUCCUUUGGUGGAUGUUGAGGGGUUCCCGGAAGUUGUUCCGAGAAUUCGUCUCUGUCUUAGAGAUCCGGUGUCCUCUAUUUGCUAAUGAGCUGACUUUCAAACAAGAAUGAAACCUGCAUUGAUUUCUCCAAAUUCCACUCUUUGACCAGCUACCAUGGCCACAGCCUCAAGGAAGUCUGUUUUGCAUUUGGCAACUUUCAUCAGGAAGCCUUUGCUAACUGCUCCUGUAUUUGCAGAUGCAGCCGUAUUUCAUGCCUGUCCCAAAUCUACAUAUUCACCACUUCCUGAUGACUAUAACUGCAAAGUUGAACUUGCUAUGACAUCAGAUGGAAAAACAAUUGUUUGCUAUCACCCUUCAGUGGAUAUUCCAUAUGAACAUACAAAACCCAUUCCACAACUAGACCCUGUGACCUAUAAAGAAGAAACACAUGAACAAGUCCUGAAAUCUAAAUUAGAAGAAAAGGAAGUCUACGAGAAUGAGCCUACAAUUGAGGCACUAAGUAAAAUGUUUUACACAACCAAACAUCGCUGGUAUCCUGUGGGACAGUAUCAUACUAGACGCAAGAAAACCAAUACUCCCAAAGACCGAUGAAAUUACAUUUGUCUUUAUCAUCGUGGAAAACUUUCUAUAGAUGGAGUAUUCAUUUCUAACUAAAUCCAUGUCAAUUUCUGUACAGAAUUUGUAGAAUCUUGGGAUUCUGAUUUGUAAAAUCUUAAGGAUAUGAAAAAUAGAAGUUUCAUUCCCAAAUAUUGUUAGCUGAGUUGGAUUGGUAUGUGAACCACCAGAGGGCACCACUGUACAAGAAUUCAGAUUUACUAUACUUUUUGGGGGAGCGGGGGAAUCUGUGGGUGUGGGCAUGUGAGAGAAUAUGUUAAUAAUACCAAAACCGAA